UUAAAAAUAAACAGAUUUAUGUUACUGCUAAAAAGUAUUUGAAUAUUAAAUCAUUUUUCCACAUUCCAUGCGACUCUUUCAAUAUCGGUAUUAAACAAAUUAACGAGUUACAAUAUGAGUUAAUUACUAUUCCAUUGUUUGAUAUUAAAUUAAAAUGCGUAAAAUUGCCUUUAUGUGACGAAGAAGCUGUAGUAUUGCCUUUACUACACCAACAAGAAAUAUGUUAAUGAUUAUUAAUAAUGGCGAAAAAUUUCGCUGUCGUUACUUUUCCAAGCGAUGGAAAUAAUGAAGAAGAAAUUGUAUCAGAAGUUCCAUCUUUAUGGCUUUCUUUCAAUUUAAAAGAAUGCUGGUGGCCAUUGGUAAAAAAUGUAAAUACCUUUAUUAUAAAACAAAUUCCACCUGUUAUUAAUGAUCCUAAAUGGGAAUCUUAUCCCAUUAAAUUUCAUGGAUAUUAUGAUUCAUUAGAGGAAGCUAGACAGAGAGCAACGAACUAUUCUUCAAGUGAGGAAAGCAAUAUAAAUGAAAUAAAGAAGUCACGCACAAGACAGUUGAAUAAAACUGUUUCUCACAAUGAGUCUGAAUCUGAUUCUGAUGACUCACGUUUAGUUAUACCAAAUCCACCAAAUCUUACUGUAAAUACAAAUGCCUCGCAAUCAGUUAACAAAAGUCAAUCUAUCGCAACUGUUAUUAAUUCAUCAGUUGUCAGCAAUGAUAUUGACCUGGAGAUUCUUGAUGGAACUUUAGUACCACUUAAAAGUAUACAGGAUGUACAUACGUUAAUAUCAGAUGGAUUCGAAAAAAUGGAAGGUCAUUUUAAAAAUAUAUAUACAGCUAUAACUACAGUUACAUUAGGAAUACAAGAUCUAAAUGUUCAUUUAACAAAUAUAGAAAAACAAAAUAAUCAACAUAAAUCCAAAGCAUCUGUCACGGAUACAUCAAAUAUACAUCAAUUUUUUCCAUUUAAAAAUAUAAAUGAAGUAACAGCUUUUGAAAACCGUUUAUCAGAAAAUGUAGAUGAGUACAACAAAUUUAUGCUGUAUAUAUCUCGCAUAGGCGGAAGGUCCGCCAAGGAAAAUUUAAUUCGCAUAUACCGAACUUUAUUUUCCAAUGAAGUUGCCAAAGAAUCAUCUUGGAAAGGAUUGCGAAAUCAUUUUAAAAUUAGUAGCUUAAAGUAUAUAUUAAUGGGAAUACUAGCAACAAUUUCCGGUCAACAUCAAUUCACAAACAAAGAAUUUGAAGAGGUCACAAAAGAAUGGUUUCGCCAAGGUGGUCAGAGGCUUAGCAGACAAAAAGAUUUCGAAGAAAUAAAUCCGCAAGUCAUUUAAAUGUUUCAGAUGCUUAUGAUUUAUUUUCAUUAUAAUUUUUUUCUAUAGUGGCUAGA